AGGAAGUUGGGCAACUAAAGGAAAGACAAGUUGCAGAGCCACCAGCAGAAGACUCCUCUCCCCUUCCUCUUCCUCUCUCUCCCCUCCAAUCAGCCUAUCUGGGAAACCUGGGAACUUUCUCCUUCCAGAGCUCCGGCAGCUAGAUCCACCCAGCUUAUCUCUGCACCGGGGUAGCUCGCUCUCCGCGUGUGGGAGGUAUUUGAAGAUGGGGCGGGGCAAGAUAGUGAUCCGGCGGAUCGACAACUCCACGAGCCGGCAGGUGACGUUCUCGAAGCGGAGGAAUGGGAUCUUCAAGAAGGCCAAGGAGCUGGGUAUUCUCUGCGAUGCCGAGGUCGGUCUCGUCAUCUUCUCCAGCACCGGCCGCCUCUAUGAGUACGCCAGCUCCAGUAUGAAGUCAGUGAUAGAUCGAUAUGGCCGAGCGAAGGAGGAGCAGCAACUUGUUGCAAACCCCAACUCGGAGCUUAAGUUCUGGCAAAGGGAGGCAGCAAGCUUGAGACAACAACUGCACAACUUGCAAGAAAAUCAUCGGCAGUUGAUGGGACAAGAUCUUUCUGGAAUGGGUGUCAAGGAACUGCAGACUCUAGAAAAUCAACUGGAAAUAAGUCUGCGUUGCAUCCGGACAAAAAAGGACCAAAUCUUGAUUGAUGAGAUUCAUGAACUGAAUCACAAGGGGAGUCUUGUCCACCAAGAAAACAUGGAAUUGUACAAAAAGAUUAACCUAAUCCGUCAAGAAAAUGUUGAGUUACACAAAAAGCUCUCUGAGACGGAGGCAGCAACUGAAGUUAACCGAGAUUCAAGAACUCCAUACAAUUUUGCAGUUGUUGAAGAUGCCAAUGUUUCUGUUAAUCUUGAACUCAAUUCCCCGCAGCAACAAAAUGAUGUUGAGCAUACUGCACCGCCUAAACUAGGGUACAUGUUCGUUUUUUCUGCACAGGAUCUAUUGACUCUUUUCUCAGCUCUUUAUAAGCUUCAAUCACAACUUUCUUUGAUUAUUACUUACAUUAAUUCUUGCAGAUUGCAACUACAUCCAUGACGAUCGUGGGGUAUGGGAUUACUCUUGUUGUUAUUAUUCUCAAGGGAUACAAUUCAGAGCAGCCAGAAUACUAUUGGUUGUAAAGAACCUAAACCCAUAGCAAGACAUAAGUGGUUCGCAUGUGACGAGCGAUUGAUAAAUCUGUCAGUGUAAAUCUGUUACAAAUAAAAUGUACUCCAUGGAAGGA